CCGCUUCAGUGCAGCGUAGUAGGUCAGUGGGCCUGCUGUUAAAAACACACCAAAAUGUCUGGGGAGGUAACCAUGGAAACCCUCAACAAAUAUGUUGCCCUUGACAACCAAAUCCGCUUGCUGGAAAACAAAAAUAUCCGUAAGACGUACAACAGCAUCAAGAAACGUUACGAUGAGAUGCUGGCCACUGUCAAAAACCUAGAAUCACUCUACGAGCAAUGUAAAAAGCAGACAGCAAAAGAGAAAGAUGAUGUGGACAAACUGGACAUAAAAUCAUUUCUGAACAAGGAAGCUUUUGACAAGUCUAUGUCCAAAGAGCAGGCUGAAUACUUAGAGGCUUUAAACAAAGAAGAGGUAAUGAAGAAAAAGCUGGACUCCAUUAAGGCCCAGGUAGGGGAGAUGGAGAAGGAAAUUAACAAGGUUAAAGAAUCCAUGGAGGAACUAGAGAAGUUAUGUCAGGAACAGGAAACUCUACUGUCUGAAAUUUUUGAUGGUGCAUAUGGUAGUGACCUUGAAAACAAAUUGGAAAGUGACCUUGACCUUAUCAGGGAAAAGAGACAGAGGAUAGGUAAUGCCAAGUACAAGUGGACUAAUGGGAGAAUUCUGCUGCAGCAUGCCUGUAAUCAGAUGGCCUUUGCCAACAAACGCUGGGCUGACAUACAGGACUCAUCUGUAAACAUGCAAGAGAAAUACGGUAUUGCUACAGAAGCCCGUAACAACCUGAUAGCAGCCAUACAAAACUUACAGAGCUGUCAGAAAUACCUAGACAAUAUCGACUUCCCCUACUGUAAGCCCAAGGAAGUCCAAACCCUCGAGAAGGCAACUAAUAAUAUAUACAUAGAUAUGCAGUCACCUGACCGACACAAACACGCUGGGGAAUGCUACAAGGUCACGCAUAAAAGAGCAGCGGCAUUGUUACAGUGGUUUGAUAAUGUCAUUAACACAGUAAUAGAGAAAGAUAUACUGGAGGCAACAAAAGAAGAGUCCGAGGCAAACCGAGCCCUGAGGGCAGAGAGGAUAAAACUACUGAAAGAGAAAGUAGAAGGGGAGGGUGGAAAGGUAGACAUAGAUGACACAGCUAUACAGUUAGCUGAUGAUGAUGAUGAUGAUGCAGAUAUUGAACUCCAAGCAGUCAUCUUCAAAGCCGACGGUGAAGAUGAUAAUUCGUUGAAACCAGGAGGACAAGACGUUGCCCCAGCACCCACACCCGUGCCCCUGAGUGAAUUGGCACCACCCCCAUCUGGGGAGGAUUUGUUUGGUAACAUUGAACAACUAAAGAAACAACAUGAGAAAGAGGUGAGUGAUUUCCAAAAGGCCCAGGAGAUGAAUAAGGCCCGCCUUCAGCAGGGACUGGAGGCUAAACUCGCGGCCCGACGAAACAAACGGACGAGAAACACCGCUGAAUAGACAGACACUUUACGAGUAAAUUCUCAUUGCUGCUCAACAUGUUUACUUUAAUUGACCCCAUGUAUGUAAAUGUUGUUUUAGUGUAUGAACACCUUUGUAAACUCUCCCCUUUAGUGACAGUGUUCUUGUACUUACCGAAGACUCUGUGUCAACUUAAGACUGCACAUCAUAUCUACUAUGUGUAGUUGUGUUGCUUCUUCAAGUAUUGAGGUAAAUCCAUAAAUUCAUCUAAUUUCAAUAUAGUAUAAAACUAGUGAAAUUGAUAUUUCAAUUAUGAGAUUUCGACCGUACUUGAUUCAAUAUAGAGACUGUUAAAGUGUUGAUAGUAAUGUAACCAAAUCAAGACCUGAAAAAUACCGGUACAUAGUAUUUGUUGGGUAUUACAUUUAUAAAGUGCUGGAAAUUGGAGUGUAGUUUCUAAAUUUUAGAACCUUUGUUGUUAGCAUGAAUCAGGUAGAAAAUUAGAUGUCUCUGAAAUUCAUGUUAACCAUUUUGUUUUUACAUAUUAUUGAAAGAUAUUUAGCUUGUUAUGGUAUUUACUUUGCUUUUUUUUUGGUGGAUUAGCUUGAGGAAUAGUUUGGCGUAUUUUUAUCUCAAUAAAUAAAUGCACAUAAUGUAACUGUUAAUUAAGUUGACUAGCUCCACAAUCAAUACACUAGUUUGACUAAAGAUUACUGAGACUUAUUGUUUUAAAGAUUAUGAAUUUAAAAUUGUCUUGGUGUAAAGCAAGUGAAAUGUAUAUAUUAUUAUGUGAUUAAUUUUCCUUAUACAAACUAGAUCAAUGCAACUAAUUCCAUCCUAUUUUAUGCUUCUUAUUUGAGCAAAUGUUUAUUUAUCAAUAUUUUAGUUUUUUAUUAUUAAUAUACUUUUUCCGUCCAAGAAUUUAUCAG